CACAGAGCGGCUAAGGCUAGCGUGCUAUCAAAGGCCCCGGCUGCGUGCGUUGCAGAGCUCAUCCGGGAUGCAGGUGAUGCUGCAGGUGUAAUGUCGGUGUUAUGCAACGCGGCGAGUGUCGUAUCUCAGCGAGAAGUCAGCAUCAUCGUUACAUGACCAUCCAGCUCGAAGCAGCUAGCCUACCGGGCUAUAAAAGCUAGCCCGCCGGGCUAGCGGGAAAGCACUGAAACGGCGUAAGAGCAUCGCCCGAGCAGCAGCCGCGAUGACGGAGACGGAGGCGGAGGCGUCGGAGAAGCAGCAGCAGCAGCAGCAGCAGCACAAGUCCGGCAACGGGAAUGUUCCUCCGGAGGCCACCAGAGAAGACACGUUUGAUCACACGUACAAAGAGAAAGAGGGCCCCAAACCUCCCAGGAUCAUCGUGUGGAAAAAUGUCAUAAUGAUGACUCUCUUGCAUAUAGGUUCCGCUUACAGCAUACUCCUCAUCCCUUCAGCAUCUCUUCCGACCUUGCUUUGGUCCGUACUUUGUUUUUUGAUAAGUGCUUUAGGAGUUACUGCAGGAGCUCACCGCCUGUGGAGUCACAGAUCCUACAAGGCGUCAUUACCACUAAGGAUCUUUCUUGGUGUUGCGAACUCCAUGGCAUUUCAGAAUGAUAUCUUUGAAUGGGCUCGAGACCACAGGGUUCACCACAAAUAUUCAGAGACAGACGCAGACCCUCACAACGCCGUCCGAGGCUUCUUCUUCGCUCACAUUGGCUGGCUGCUGGUGCGCAAACACCCCGACGUCAUUGAGAAAGGACGCAAGCUUGAGCUCAGUGACCUGCUGGCCGACAAAGUUGUAAUGUUUCAAAGGAAGUAUUACAAGAUGUCGGUGCUGCUCAUGUGCUUCUUCGUCCCCAUGUUCGUGCCUUUUUACCUGUGGGGGGAGUCUCUGUGGGUGGCGUACUUCAUCCCCACUCUGCUGAGGUACACCCUGGUGCUGAACGCCACCUGGCUGGUCAACAGCGCGGCUCACAUGUGGGGAAACAGGCCCUAUGACAAGAACAUCAACCCAAGGGAGAACAAGUUUGUCACGUUCAGCGCUAUAGGUGAGGGAUUUCACAACUACCACCACACGUUUCCCUAUGACUAUGCAACCAGCGAGUUUGGCUGCAAGUUGAACCUUACCACUUGUUUCAUCGACUUCAUGUGCUUCUUGGGCCUGGCCAAGGACCGCAAGAGAGUGUCCCAUGAGCUGGUACUGGCCCGAAUACAGCGCACCGGAGACGGCAGCCACCGGAGUGGCUAAGAUUGUUGAGUUGUGGUCAGCUUCAAGGCAAAACAACCGAAAAGAAGAAGCUUCACAGUCUUUGACAGCUAUACAUUUCUCAUCCUCUGAGGAUGAAAGUCAGCUUCAUGAGGGCCUUGACCACAUUUUGCUUGUUUUUGUGGUUUUUUGUAGCUGUAACUAAACAAAUUGUUCAAGAUGGAUAAAAAAAAAAAAAAUACAAACACAUUUUGCUAAGCUCUUGGCCUUGGCUGCUAUUGUUCAGUCAGGCCAAGGUCUUGCAAAGAUGUUUUAGAUUUGAAGUAGAUAUAUUUUAAAAGUCAACUUCAUUCUCCGCUGUUUUGCCACUUUGGUGUGCAUUUCUUCAUGCAAGAUCAGUCAUGUAGCCAAUCAUUUUUAUGUAAGUAUUACUCGAUUAUUAAUCAAAAUAGACAAGAAGUGGAGCACUGAAAUAUGGGGUAACAAUGUUUUAACUGAUAAGGUAUGAUACUGAUGACUGUUGCCUUUAUCGCAGUUUACAGCAAGUUUUUACAGUUCUGAUAUACAUUUAAGUUUUUGAGCACUCUAACAUCUGUUGGGGAAAACAAAGGAUGAGAGUUUGAAUUGUUUUGUUAUAAAAGAAAAAAAAGUUGCUGGCUUUAAUGAAAUAUGGCGCGCGACGGAAGUGUGAGGGAACCCAGAGCAUCUUCUUAUAACUUGACUAUGCUGACAACCAGUACGCCAAAACUGUACAGAAACCAAGUCAUGCAGAGUGUUUCUGUGAAUAACUUGGUUGUCUCCUGCAGAAAACAGGAAAUAGAAAACACGAAUACUGUAUUCAAUCCGUGGAGUAAUUGGAUGGAGCUUUUUCAAGACAAUAUUAGGGACACAUUUAUCAUUAAAUUAAAACUGCCAUUCGAUAAUCAAAGCAAAUGAUAAAUGUUAUUUUACCUUAGAACCAUGCGAUGUUUAAUUGACUUUUUUGUUUUUUGAUGAAUAUAUCACAGUGCCAAGAGUUGUUGACAUAUUUAUAACCAUCUCUGUGGUCCACUAGAGCACACUAAGUCGAUACUGUUCCUUCACUCAACAUCAUUGUGGAAGUUUUUUAACAUUGUGGCAGCGGUGGCUUUUCCUUCCUUUUUGAGAUUCUAUCCAACAUGUCCCUCUUUUGUCCUGAAACAUCUGCAGCAGAGGUCUCAUUGGUCGACGUAGCAGCCAGUCAUGUGACAGUUCUGGUGUUACAAAACAACAUGCCACCCAUGCAUGACAAUAUACUGUAGUAGGUGUUGUGGUGAGCUGUUUUUUUUUUCUUUUUGUCGGUGACUCUAAUGGCAGAACUGCGUCUAUUUUUGUAAUGUACAGUGGAGCUGCAUCGCUUUUGGAUCAUCAGAACUGUUGCCUUGGUGAUUUCGGAGACAGGGGUCUGGUUUCCCUUUGAAGUCCUGCAAAGCUAAUUGUUGCAAAAUUUCAGGUGCAUCGAUGUCUAUGUUCAUCUUCAAUUCUGGUGUGGGGAAUGCUGACGUUAUCUUAUUUAUGUAUUUAUUUCUUUUAUUUUUUCUUAUUGACUAAAAAACAUUUUGCUCUAACCUGAACAAGUUUCUGCAUUCCAAGAUUUGGCAGACUGUCUCGUAAAAUAUAUAAAAUUGGAGCACUUAUUUAUUUUUUCCCACGAGUCAGGAUACAACCUAAUGCCUUAUGACUUAUAGCCAUUCCUGAUCUUCUUCAUGUCCUGUCAGUUAAGAUAAAAAGGCCCAAAUACCACAAAACAAAUCUGACCAAGGUCCAUGUUUACAGGCUGAAGCACCAUGUCGAACAUUGUUUUUAUUUUUAAAAAACCUGAGCGUUUAAUAUGGUCCCUGAGGGAUGUGCCAACUAGUUUCAGCCCAUCAAAGCAUCUCCGUAAGAAAACUUCCAAACAAAGGUGCUGUUGUGAGGAAUGUUUAGAGCAUCAUCAGAGCACUUACCAAAUCCGACACUAAAACAUCACAAGCCAUGCAAACAACUCCCGCUGUCCAGAGGGUCGAAAUCAACAUUUUCCUAAUGACAAUGAGGAUCAAAAGGUUGUCAGUCUGAAUGAUUAUGUCAAAUAUCAACUGUAAUUCUGAAAUAAAAUUCACAAUAUUUUCAA